AUGGCACCAUUUGAAGCUCAAUAUGGGAAGAAGUGCCGCACUCCAUUGUACUGGGACGAGGUAGGUGAACGAUGCAUCCUUGGGCCUGAAUUGAUCCAAGUGACUUAUGAGAAGGUGAACUUGAUCCGUGAACAGAUCAAGGCUGCCCAGUCUAGGCAGAAAGGCUAUGCGGACCAGAGACGUACAGAUCUAGAGUUCUCUGUCAGUGAUAAGGUGUUUCUCAAGGUGUCGCCCACCAUGGGUGUGAUGCGGUUCAGCAAGAAAGGCAAGCUAAGCUCGAGAUUCAUUGGGCCCUAUGAAAUCCUUGUGACGGUCGGACCAGUGGCUUAUCGGUUGGUAAUCCCACCAUCUUUAGACGGUAUGCAUGACAUCUUCCAUGUGUCCAUGUUAUGGAAGUACGUGUAUGACCCAAGCCGUGUCCUAUCUCAGGAACCACCGGAGUUAGCAGCGGAUAUGUCUUAUAAAGAACAGCCCAAGAAGAUUCUGGACAGCAAGGUGGUGAAUCUUUGCAAUCGACCUAUUCACUACGUAAAGGUGAAGUGGUGCAACCACCCGGAGGAAGAAGCGUCUUGGGAAGCCGAAAUGGAGAUGCGAGCGAAGUAUCCUUCCUUUGGAUUCUUACAAGAUUUUGAUGCAGAUGGUGGUUAUCUAGCUGGUCUCGAGGCCCAGCCAGCUGAUUAUGUUGUUAUCGGCAUGGAGGAGCCCGAUGCUGUGUCAGAGGAACACGGGGACGGAUGCCCCUGUGACGAUUGUACCUACGGGCCGUGUUGA